UCUCUUCUUUUAUUAUUGUUGUUAUAUAGAGCAGGUAGCUGAAGUAAAUGAGACCAUUGUAUCUCCUGGAUCUAAGUUUCUACAUAGAACUUACUCUUUCUGCUUUGUUCAUCUCUCUAAAUGAAAUUACAAGAUAAGUCAAUUAGAUAAAAAGGAAGAAAAGCACAUCCAUAGAAAGGUAGAUACUAGAUAUGUCUCUCGUUGUUGAUGAUGACCAAAAAAAUUCGUUUCUGGUUCAUGUGGAGCCCUUUCUUCCACUCGAUGUGUUCGUCAGCUUCAGAGGCGAAGACACCCGCACCAACUUCACCAGCCACCUCUAUUCCGCGCUCUCAAGAAACGGCAUCAAGGCAUACAUGGACGACGAAGGCCUCGAAAAGGGUCGCGAUGUCUGGCCAUCGCUGUCCCAAGCAAUCGAGGACUCCCAUGUUGCCAUAGUAGUGUUCUCCAAGAACUACGCGUCUUCCAGAUGGUGCUUGGAAGAGCUUGUGAAAGUACUCGAAUGCCGGAAAAAGAUGGGACAGGUAGUGAUACCUGUGUUUUACGAGGUCGAUCCGGCGGAGAUUCGAAAUCAGAGAGGAGUGUACGGAGAAGCCAUUGCAGAACACGAAAGAGGAUUGUUGGGUGAUAAAAGUGUGGAAGAAGUGAAGAAGAUAGUGUCCGCUUGGAAGGAUGCUCUCAUGGAAGCAGCAAACAUAUCGGGGCGGGACACUCGUAGUCGCGAGUACAAGAACGAGUCACAAGUCAUCGAUCAGAUUGUUGAAGAUGUAUUGAAAAAGUUGGAAUUAAGGUUUCCUAAUGAGCUACAAGUUAACCUUGUUGGAAUUGACAAAAGUUGCAAAGAUGUGUCAUUAUUGCUAUCAAAAAGUAAAAGCAAAAAUGUGCAUGUAAUUGGAAUUUGGGGCAUGGGCGGAAUAGGCAAAACAACCUUAGAAAAUGUCAAAGAAGCACCCCAAAAUAUAGGACAAAGCAAACUUACAUCUUUACGAGAGAAGCUGCUUUCUGAGCUACUAAAGUAUGAAUAUUUGAACUCUACAACAAACACAUUCAUUAGGAGGAGGCUUAGUAAUAAAAAAGCUUUAGUUGUACUUGAUGAUGUGGAUGAUUCAGAGCAACUAGAACAAUUGUGUAGAGAAUGUAGCUAUGCUGGUCCAGAAAGUAAAGUGAUUAUAACAACAAGAAAUAAGCAUUUGCUUAGGGGAAUAGUUGAUGAGGAUGAUAUAUAUGAGGUCAAGACAUUGAGCUUUGGGAGAUCUGUAGAGCUUUUUUGCUUGAGUGCCUUCAAAGAUUGGGUUCCCAAAAAAGGAUAUGAAGAUCUCUCUCAGAGAGCAGUUGAUUAUGCAGGGGGUGUUCCUUUAGCUUUAAAAGUAUUGGGCUCAAAUCUCCGUGACACAAGUAUUGAAUUUUGGGAUAGCGAAUUGAAUAAACUCAAGGACUAUCCCUACGAUGGAAUUCAAAAGGUGUUACGAGUGAGCUAUGAUGGACUAGAUAUUCUAGAGCAGAAGAUAUUUUUGGAUAUUGCGUUCUUUUUCAAAGACGAGAACAAAUAUUUUGUGGAAAAGAUACUAAAUGCUAGUGGUUUAUUUGCUGUUAGUGGAAUAAAAGUCCUUACAAAUAAAGCUCUCAUAACUAUUUCAAAGGACAAGAAGAUACAGAUGCAUGAUUUAAUACGAGAUAUGGGCUUGAAUAUUGUUCGUCAAGGCAUUAAAGAUCCUGGAAAACGUAGUCGAUUGAAGGAUAUUGAAGAAGUUUCAGAUGUGCUUGAAUAUAAAAGGAAGGGAAGUGAUGCAAUUGAAGGUAUAAAAUUAGAUUUGUCUCAAAUUGAUGAUCUACACUUGAACUCUAAAGCAUUCAGCAUGAUGAGUGAUCUAAGAUAUCUAAAAUUGUAUGCUCCCUCUGGCAAGACUUUGGGUAACAUGGUGUAUCCGGAAGUCCUUAAUGAAUUUUCAGGUAAGCUGAGCUACCUUGAAUGGCAUGGAUAUGGUUUGAAGUCUCCACCGGAAAAUUUGUUUACUCAGAGGCUUGUUGAGAUUUGUAUGCCGCACAGCCAUAUUACCAAACUUUGGCAUGGGGUGAAGGUAAAAGAUAUUUUCCGCAAACUUAAUCAAUGUAUGCUUAUAAGUUUGCUUUAUGAAAGAUUAUUUUUAUUUAUGUGGCAGAAUCUUGUGAGUUUAGAGAGAAUUGAUCUAAGUGAAUGCAAAGAGUUGGCGAAUCUCCCGGAUUUGUCCAAGGCAUCAAAACUUAAAUCGCUUAACCUUUCUGGUUGUGAGAGCUUGGCAGAGCUUCAUUCAUCUAUUUGGUCUCUUGACGCUCUUGAAAUUCUAGCACUGGAUGGAUGCAGAAAACUCACAAGUUUGAGAAGUGAGAAGCACUUGAAAUCUCUCAAGACGAUCAGUGUUAACGGCUGCACAAGUCUCAGAGAAUUUUCCGUGUCCUCUCGUGUGAUGGAAUGUCUAGAUCUGAGAAAUGCUGGAAUAGAAGAAUUGCACCAAUCAAUUCAGCGCUCAAGCAAGCUUAAGUCACUCUACCUAGACAGUUUGAUACUUAAUUACUUAUUGAGAAUCUUCCAAAUGAGUUAUCACUCCUUAAGAAUCUUUCAGAGCUGAGAAUUUCUAAUUGCAGACAACUAGUACUCAACAAAGAGCAACUGCAUACCUUAUUCAACGGCUUAAGGUGUCUGCACUUACUGUAUUUGAAGGAUUGUGAUAAAUUGUCUGAACUCCCUAACAACAUUGGGUGCUUGGAAUAUCUGUGUGACCUAAGAUUAGAUGGAAGUGGUGUAGAGACAUUGCCUAUAACCGUCAAGGAUCUAAUCAAUCUGGAA